AUGUCUCAAUUGCUUUCAUCAGCUUCACCGGAGCCAAACAAUAUUUGGAGCCUUCCCACGUCAAUCGCGGGCACUGUAGAAGACGAUUACCAUUCUCAACAGACCGAUGAAUCCGAUGACGAUGGCAAAGCUACCUCCAUAGAUGGGGGCAGUGAUGAAGAGGGAACUCAGGGACAACGGGCCAAGGAACAUACCAAGGGACGGGCCAUGGGUGGAGCCAGAUCCGUAAAGUUCUUGAACCCUGAGUAUUCCACAGAGUCAAUGGUGAAAAUGAUCGAAUGUAUGGCCGAAUCUGAUGCAAAGUCGCUCAAGGGCCAAAAUCAGUGGAAUCAGGGAAUGCAGCGAAAUUAUAUAGAUCUGAUUGGUGCCAUGGACAGGUUGAGUAAAGAAGUGGCCGCGUUAAGGAAACAAGUGGAGGUUUUGUCGAGCAGAGAUGCAGUCAAAACUCUAGAGACCGUGGGUUCGAAGCGUCAAAGGCAGUGA